AUGGCUAAAGAAAUCAAUUUAGAAGAAUACGAAAAACUUAAUACUGCGGCUGCUCUUGGUUUAGGAGCUAUCACCAUUUAUGCUUCCCUCGCUUACUUACCGCUGGUGUCUUUAUCUGAAAAAGUGGAAUGUUACAAACUUAAGAAAAUUGAAGGAGCCUUAAUCACUAAGUCUUUAAACCCGGAGCAAUCCGGAGAGGAAAGUUCAGAAAUUCCGCCUAACUCAGUUGAUAAUAUCGCUAAGUUUCAGCAACGACAAGAAAAAACCCAAGCAAUUAAUCAUGUUAAUACGAUCCAAAAUUUAAGCACUAGUUUACAAGCCAUUCAGCCGGAUAACUCCGAAACCACUAAAAUUAUCACUUAUGCCCUAGUUGGCACGGUGGUAGCUGACUUCAAAGGAGCCCUAACUGGCUUUUAUGAAGAAAAUAUUAAAGCCACGGUGGAAACCAAAACUAAUGAGUUUAAGCAGUUAAUUCAGCAGAAUGCUGCCAUUGGUCAGAAUACCCAAAAAGCCUUAAUUGCGAUUGCCUUGGGAAUUUUCUUAUUACUAGCCAUUGCUUACUUCUGA